AUGGAAGACGCGAUUGGGAGGAUUUGCACAGCGCCCGGCGCGGAGGUGCCAACUGUAGAAAAAGAGACGCGGCGGAACACGUCUUGGGAGAUCUGGGCGACAAGCUUCGUUCUGACAUACCGCUUACGUCAUUACUCGGACGCGAAGUUGCAGAUUCGUGUCUCCGCCCUGGCACCUCCACGUGAAAGAGAAAGGAAGCGUGGUGUCUAUUUCUGUCGUUCAGGGUGAUGAUGAUCCCCCGCUGGAGAUCAACACGUACAAAAUGUAAAAAUGUCUGGGUCUAGAAGAUUGCCAGGUUUGUCAUGCACAUUUUGCAUGACUCCUGAUGUCUGUGAUGCAUGCCCCAGCAUCACAGAUUUUGUGGGGGCUUUCUGAUGCCUAUACUGCAUGACAAAUGCUCUUUCCGCGUAGCAAAACUUGGACUCUCUUUGCUGCUCAUGCAAUACAGAGCUUUUUAGAAUUCAAAAUCAGCAUGACGAGUUCGAUUCUUCCAGACCCAGACAUUUUUACUGUUGAUAACACGGGAGCAGCUCCGCGGAGGUUCCGGUGACACGGGGUCCGACUCCUCACAGCGGUCCUGUGCAAGGGACGAUCCCGACUGAGCUCCUAGUUUCCAUGGAAGACGCGAUUGGGAGGAUUUGCACAGCGCCCGGCGCGGAGGUGCCAACUGUAGAAAAAGAGACGCGGCGGAACACGUCUUGGGAGAUCUGGGCGACAAGCUUCGUUCUGACAUACCGCUUACGUCAUUACUCGGACGCGAAGUUGCAGAUUCGUGUCUCCGCCCUGGCACCUCCACGUGAAAGAGAAAGCGUGGUGUCUAUUUCUGUCGUUCAGGGUGA